AUGUGUCACCUCAGCUGCCACCGCGGCGGGGGCGGGGGCGGGCGCUGCCGCCCCUCUCUGCGCUGCCGCCGCCGCUCUCGGCUCGCCGGGAUCCCGGUGCUGCUGCGCUGCCCGUGUGUCCCCUCGUGUCUCUGCACAGCGCCGUCCGGCCUCGCCGCCACCAUGGCCAUCUCCUCGCGCCUCGCGCUCUGGGAGCAGAAGAUUCGUGACGAGGACCGGGGGCCACCCCCGUCUGCACCCCCCCUGCUCCUGUCGGUCAUCCCCGGGGGGUUCAUCAAGCAGCUGGUGCGGGAGACCGAGCAGGAGGCCAAGGCGGCGCGGCGGAGGAAGGAGAGCAGGGUGGGCACCAAGGAGGAGCCCUCGGGGAAGGACGAGGCCCGAGCCGGGGACGGCCCCGCUGCCCGAGGAGGGAGGGCCAGCGAGGGGACACUGAGGAACGGGCUGAAGGCAGAGGGGCAGGGGGACAAGGGGGUCACAGCCCCCCCUCACAAGGAGCUGCCCCCUGUGCUGGGGACUGUCCCCAGCAAAACCCCGGCCCCUGCACCUGGUCCAGCAGCGCCUGCCCCCAAACCAGCAGAGACACCCCUCAAAAAAGCCGAAAUAUCCCCCAAAACACCUGUCCCCAAAUUGGCAGAGACACCCCCAAAAAGAGCAGAGAUCCCCCGCAAACCAGCAGAGACAUCAUCAAAACCAGCAGAAACACCCCACAAACCAUCAGAGACCACCUCCAAACCAGCAGAGACCACCUCCAAACCAGCAGAGACCACCCCCAAACCAGCAGAGACCACCCCCAAACCAGCAGAGACCCCUCACCCCGGGGCUCCCAAGGUGGGAAAGUCAUUGUGGCUCAGGAAGAGCCCCAAGGAUUCCUUCUUGGGGAGCAGCCCCCCAGCUCCAGCCCCUGCACCCAGCCAGGGUCCCCAGCACGGCAGCAAAGUCCCAGGGAAGGAAGGGGACACAUCCAAGGGGACAGUCCCUGAGAGCACCAAGGAGAAGGGGACAGUCUCUGAGAGCACCAAGAAGGAGAAGGGGACAGUCCCUGAGAGCACCAAGAAGGAGAAGGGGACAGUCUCUGAGAGCACCAGGAAGGAGAAGGGGACAGUCCCUGAGAGCACCAAGAAGGAGAAGGGGACAGUCCCUGAGAGCACCAAGGAGAAGGGGACAGACUCUGAGAGCACCAGGAAGGAGAAGGGGACACCCCUGAGGCACGAGGAGCCCCCAGCCAAGGUGAAAGCCCAGAGGGAGCUGUUGUCAGCCAGGAAAGAGCCAGAGAAGAUGAAGAAAGAUGUUGGAGGUGGCAAGAAGGAGCCAAGGGAGAUCAAAAAGCCUGAAAAAACCACGAACAAGUCGGAUGGUCUCAAGGCAGAGCCGGGAGGAACCCAAGAGAAGUCCACAGAUGUGGGAAAAGAGGUGGGGAAGGUGAAGGAAGAGCUGGAAAAGGGUAAAGAGAUGCUGAAAGAGAAGAAAGGGAUUGGCAAGAGCACGGACAAGGACCAGGCUAAAGAAACAUCGGGAAGGAGCAAUGAGAUGAGCAAGAGCAUGGAAAAGGACCAGGAUAAAGAGAGCACGGACAAGGAGCAGGCUCCGAGGGACGUUUGGUACGAGGCAGAGAAGGUGUGGCUGAUCCAGCAGGACGGCUUCACGCUGGCCACCCAGCUGAAGCCAGACGUGGGGACACCGGAGCUGCCGGCGGGGAGGGUGAGGGUGCGCCGGGAUGAGGAUGGCACCGUCACUGAGGUGGAUGAGGACAGCGUGCAGAGGACCAACCCCCCCAGCCUGGACCAGGCCGAGGAUCUGGCCACCCUCAUCAGCCUCAACGAGUGCAGUGUCAUCAACACGCUGCGGCAGCGCUUCCGUGCCCGCCUGCCCUGCACCUACGCGGGGCCCGGCCUGGUGGCCAUCGCCACCGAGCCCGCCGACGGCGCCGGGAAGGCUCCCAGGGGGAGGCGGGACAACCCUCCCCCGCACAUCUGCUCGCUGGCACACCGAGCCUACAGGAACCUGCUGAUGCAGCGGCAGGACCAGGCCAUCAUCCCCCUGGGGCACAGCGGGGCCGGCAGGACCCGGUGCUGCCAGAGCGCCCUGGAGUACCUGGUGGGCACGGCGGGCAGCCUGGACGGCAGGGUGUCAGUGGAGAAGAUCCAGGCAAUGUUCACAGUCCUGGGAGCCUUUGGGUCGGUGACCACCAGGCACAGCAGCAGCUCCACGCGCUUCUCCAUGGUCCUGUCGCUGGAUUUCAGUGCCACUGGCCAGGUCACUGCUGCUCACCUCCAGACCUUGCUGCUGGAGAGGGCCCGCGUUGCCCAGCAGCCCGAAGGAGAGAGCAACUUCAACAUCUUCCCACUGCUGCUGGCAGGGCUGGAUGUGGCAGAGAGGACGAUGCUGCACCUGCACCAGGUGGCUGAGAGCAAUUCCUUCGGGAUCAAACCCUUCACAAAGCCCGAGGACAAGCAGAGAGCCUCGGUGGCCUUCUCCCAGCUCCGGGCUGCCAUGGGCACGCUGGGCAUCACCACGGAGGAGCAGGCGGCCGUGUGGCGCAUCCUGGCUGGCAUCUACCACCUGGGAGCUGCUGGAGCCUGCAAAGUUGGCAGGAAGCAGUUCCUGAGGUUCGAGAGCGCCAGCCGCGCUGCCGAGGUGCUGGGCUGCGACGUGGAGGAGCUCGGCACCGCCGUCUUCAAGCACCACCUGAGGCACAUCCUGGCGCAGGUGACAGCGCGGGGCCAAGCAGAGGAGAGCCCGCCAGGGCCGAAGAUGACGGGCGUGGAGUGUGUGGAGGGAAUGGCCUCGGGGCUCUACGAGGAGCUCUUUGCCGCCGUGGUUUCGCUCAUCAACAGGUCCUUCUCCUCCCAGCACCUCUCCAUGGCCUCCAUCUCCGUGGUGGACACCCCUGGCUUCCAGAGCCCGCGGCAGCAGCGGAGCGAGCGAGCGGCCACCUUCGAGGAGCUGUGCCACAACUACGUCCAGGAGAGGCUGCAGGGGCUGUUCUACGAGAAAACCUUCCUGUGGGAGAUGGAGAGGUACAGAGAGGAAAACGUUGAGGUGUCUUUUGAUCUUCCAGAGCGCUCUCCACUGGCCACGCUGUCCAUCAUCGACCUGAGCUGCCCCCAGCCGCAGGUGCUGCUGGGCAGCCCCGGGGCCGCUCGCCGGGGGCUGCUGUGGAUCCUGGACGAGGAGGUGCUGACCCCAGGCUCCGGGGAUGGCUCUGCCUUCGAGCGCCUCUGCUCCUACUUCGCCACCAAGGCACCUGACCAAGAUGGUGAGGGGCACCUGCGCAGGUGUGAGCAGACACUGCACUUCGAGAUCUGCCACCAGCUGGGCACGGCCCCCGUGCGCUACGACCUCACGGGCUGGGUCAGCAAGGCCAAGUUCAACCUCUCGGCCCAGAAUGCCAUCCAGGUGCUGCAGAACUCCACGGUAGCCGCGCUCCGGGAGCUGCUGCGGCCGCGGGCGAGCGCUCCGCCGUGCUGCCGAGCCCUGGCCGGGCUGGAGGGCCGCUCCCAGGCCGCCCUGCACCGCAACUCCUGCCUGAGGAAAACCUUCGCCAGCAGCUUCGCCGCCCCCAGGAAGAGGUCGGUGUGCGCCCAGCUCAAGCUGCAGGCGGAUGCCCUCACCAACCUUCUCCGACGGUGCCAGCUGCACUUUGUCCACUGCCUCCUCGCAGGGAUGGGCAGGGAAGGGCCGGUCCCUCGGCCCCCAGCGCCGCCAGAGCUGGAUGUGGUGGCCCUGAGGACACAGCUGGAGGGGACCCAGCUCCUGGAUGCCCUGCGCCUGCACCGUGUGGGGUACUCGGAUCGGCUGCCCCUCACCCAGUUCUGCAGGCGCUUCCAGGUGCUGGCCCCGGAGGUGAUGAAGAAGCACAACUCUGCCUACGAGGUGCCAGAUGAGAGCAAGGCUAUCGAGGAGCUGUUCCAGGCGCUGGAUCUGGAGAAGAAGAGCGUUGCCAUAGGACACACCCAGGUGUUCCUGAAGCCGGGGGUCAUCUCCAGGCUGGAGAAGCAGCGGGACAAGCUGAUAGCCCAGAAGAUGACUCUGCUCCAGGCUGCCUGCAAGGGCUUCCUCAGCCGCCAGAAGUUCAAGAGAUUGAAGAUCCAGCGCCUGGCCAUCCGCUGCAUCCAGAAGAACCUGCUGGUGUUCCAGGCAGUCAGGCACUGGCCCUGGUGGCAGCUGCUGGGCCACGUGCGGCCCCUGCUCAGCGUCAACCUCGCCGAGGAGCAGCUCCGAGCUAAGGAAGAGGAGCUGGCGGCGCUGAGAAGGAAGCUGGAAAAAUCCGAGCAGGCAUGCAGCGAGCUCAGACAGACUACAGAGAGUCUGGAGAGCAAGAUCAUCGACCUGACCACGGAGCUGUCGGAUGAGCGCUACAAGGGCGAUGUCACCUGCCAGGCCCUGGAUGGGGAGCGGGCGGAGCGGCUGCGGGGCACCCGCGAGCUGCAGGAGCUGCAGAGCAAACACGACCAAGUGCAGAAGAAGCUGGAGUCGGUGGAGAAGCAGCUGGAAGAGGCCCAGCAGCUGGUGCAGCUGCGUGAGAUGAAGAUCAGCGGCUCUGGAGGAGAGGAUGAGUGGCAGGUGAGGUUUGACUGUGCCCAGACCGAGAUCGUUUUCCUGCGGAAGCGGCUGGCACAGCUGGAGGAGCGGCUGGAGGCAGAGCUGGGCACCAGGACAGAGCUCGAGCAAAAGCUGGGCGAGGCGCGGGCGGCGUGCCAGGCGGCGCGGGACGGGGCGCAGCGGCUGCGGCGGCGGUGCCAGCGCCUGGCCUGCGAGCUGGAGGACGCCCGGGUGCUGGCUGAGAACCAGCAGAGCCGCAGCCACGAGCUGGAGAAGAGGCAGAAGAAGUUUGACCUGCAGUUAGCCCAGGCCCUGGGCCAGUCUGCAUUCGAGAAGAGCCUCCGUGAAAAGCUGUCCCAGGAGAACACCAGCAUCCGCUGGGAGAUGGGCAAACUGCAGCAGAGCCUGGAGCACAAGGAGGCCGAGGUGGCCAGGCUGGAGCAGCAGGUGGCCGUGCUGGCUGGCCGAGUGCAGGAGCUCAGCACCCCCGGGGCCACGGACACGGUGCCCGCGCUCAAGAAGAAGCUCUGGGAGCUGGAGGGCAGCGCUGCCGAGCAGAAGAAGGAGCUGGAGAGGCAAACGGCCGCUGUGGAUCACCUGGAGCAGGCCCACGAGAGGCUGGAGCUGGAGAUCGAGAGGAUGAAGCAGAUCCACCAGAAGGAGCUGGAGGACAAGGACGAGGAGCUGGAGGACAUGCAGAAGUCCUGCCAGAAGAGGCUCCGGCAGCUGGAGAUGCAGCUGGAGCAGGAGCACGAGCAGAAGCAGAUGGUGCUGCACGAGAAGCAGGACCUGGAAGGGCUCAUUGGCACCUUGUGUGAGCAGAUCGGCCACCGCGACUUCGACGUGGAGAAGCGGCUGCGGCGGGACCUGCGGAGGAGCCGAGCGCUGCUGGCCGAUGCUCAGCUGCUGCUGGCGGCCCCGGCCCAGCCCGGGGGCAGCGGGCAGGAGCUGCAGCAGCUCCGCAGGCAGUUGGAAGAGAGCGAAGCCAAGUGUGCAGAGGCCCAGAGAUGCCAGCAGACAGCAGCCCUGGAGCUGGAGAACCUGCACACCGAGCUGGAGACCCUCAGCAGAAACAAGACCCUGGUGGAUGAGCAGCUGUUCCAGCUGCAGCACGAGAGAGCCGACCUGCUGAAACGCAUCGAUGAGGACCAGGAAGACCUGAACGAGCUCAUGGAGAAGCACAAGGCUCUGAUUGCCCAGUCGGCCACAGACAUCGCUCAGAUCCGGGAGCUGCAGACGCAGGUGGAGGAUGUGAAGAAGGAAAAACAGAGCCUGCAGGAGAAGCUGCAGGCAGCUCAGGCCAGGGCAGCACAGCUGGAGCAGUGCCCGGCCGAGCGCUCCAUCGUCAGCCGGCAGGAAGCUCGGAUCCGGGAUUUGGAGAGCCAGCUGGACUUCCAGGCCGUGCAGAUGAAGCGCUUUGAGGUGCUGGUGCUGCGCCUGCGGGACAGCAUCAUCCAGAUGGGAGAGGAGCUGGAGAAGGCGGCCGAGUCGGAGGCACGGGAGAGGGAGAACACCAGGUACUACCAGAGGAGGAUGGAGGAGAUGAAGGCUGACAUGGACGAGCUGGUGCAGAGGGAGCUGGAGUCCAGCCGCCGGCGCAUGGAGCUGGAGCAGCAGCUGGCAGAGCUGGCAGAGGUGAGGCAGGUGCUGCAGGCUGACCUGGGCACCUCCAUCCGCCGCAUCGCAGACCUGCAGGUGGCCCUGGAGGGGCUGCGCGACAGCGACGACAGCGAGGACAGGGAUGCCUGCUCCACUGCUGGCUCCGUGCUCAGCCUGGAGCCCACGGAGAGCCUCAAGUCCUGGCCGAGCUCCUCCUCGGGCUGGACAUCCCUGGUGGGUACCAGCGUGGCCGGCAGCGUUUCAGCACCGUCCGUCGGCAGCCGCAGCGCCCAGAGCCUCAGGGUGAGCAGAGACACCAAGGUGAGCCAUCCUCUCUCCUCCCGGAGCGCUGCCCGGCCCGGCGAGCCUGCGGAUGCGGGGAGGACAGCGAGUCCCCUGCUGGGAGCCAGAAGACGGGAAUAUGGCACACCUCGGGCAGAAGAAGAGGAGGUGGAGAGCCCAAAGAAGCCCGUGGAUAGGACAGGAGAGACAUCCCCAUCGGUGCUGCGGCGGGGCGGCUCCCCGGCUGCGGACGGGCGCUUCCCCAGCGCGGUGUCCCCACCGGUGCCCGGCAGCAGGAGGCUCUCGGUGGCAUCAUCGGUGGCAUCAUCGGUGGCAUCAUCGGUGGCCUCGGGGCCGGUGCCCAGCUCUGCCGCCCUCUCGGAGUACGUGGAGGAGCUGCGGCGGCAGCGGGCGGCGGAGCCGGGGCUGGGGGAUGCUUCUUCCCUGCCCAUUUACCGCACCACCGGCGCCGCGGCCCUGCGGCGCUCCAGGGCUGCCCCAGCGGCCGAGGAGCCCCCGGGGAGGAUGGAGAAGGAUCCGGCAGGGCAAGGGGAAGGAGCAGCUGCCAGCCUCACCCGCUCCUCCAGCCUGCGGAGCAUGGCCUCGGAGCCGGCCGAGCCGACGCGUUCCCCAGCGCUGAAAAAAGCAUCGAAAUUCGGCUCCUACGACUCCCUCCUGCCCGCCCUGGACGGCUCCGGCCGCCGGCCCAGCUCCCCGGCUGCCGGCACGGAGCUGCCGCGGCUGAGCUCCUGGAGGAGCUGCCUGGAGCCCUCGCUGGAGGACGUGGAGCUGGGCAAGGAGCCGGGGGCAUUUCUGAGCUCCCUGCCCGGCGAUGGGCUGGGUGAGGGGAAGGGGAGCGACCCCUUCAGCUGGCGAAUACCCACCCUCAACUACGAGAGGAGAACCAAGGUUGACUUCGAUGAUUUCGUGCCGGCCAUCCGCAAGUCGCGCUCCGCCAGCAGCCUGGCCAGGCCCCGCAGGGACAGGAGGGACGGGCAGCGGCCCCUCACCGUGCGCUUCGAGGAUGAGGCCAUAGCGGGCAGCCCAGAGACCAAGGGCACGGCCAAGUGCAGCCGGGAAGAGCCUGGAGGCCUCUCGGACUCAUCCUCAUCCUCUGGAUCCCAGCGGUCCUCCCGCAGCGCCGACAGCAUCAAGCGCAGGCCCAGAGGGGCCGGGGAGGGCUCCAGCGGCAGAGCCCAGGGCAGCGGGGUGAGCCGAGCCGAGGCCGAGGGGAAGGAGGACGAUGUCAGCAGCAUCAUGAAGAAGUAUCUGGGCAAAGACUAAGGAAGCAAAUUUGCAUAAUGCAACGUCCCACUUUCUGCAGGAUUCAUUUCCAUCGAGCGCAGCAGCUUGCCCCGACCCACAGUGACGAGGAGCCACGUUGGGCACACAGCUUCCCUGCUCCUGGCAGAACCACCUCACCUGAGCAGAGACUGCAAAUGGCUCCACAAAACUCAUGGGAUGGUUCUACAAACUUUUCUUGGUCUUGGUUUCCUCAUGCUCCUGCCCCGUUUCCCAGCGACGCAGCUCUGCUCAGGGCCAGCCGCGGGGACAAGGACUUUCCUGUUCUCCUGCAGUUGUUUGACUUGGGAGUUGGUGCUUAAAUUAAAACCCAGCGGCUGCCACAGGUGCUGAGGAUGUGCCAUGGACUGGGAAAGCUGCUCUGAGGGGAGCUGGAGGGACACCAAACCCCUCCUUUGUCACCCAGAGCUGCAGCCCAGGUGUUUCAUCCCACAUUGCACUGCUCAAAAUUCAGCUGAUUUUCCAGGGUGCUCUUGGGUCUCAGUGUGACACCCAGCAACAGCAGAGCUCUGAAGCUUUUAUAAUUCCACAGGUGUUUGAUGGAUCCAUCUGUGCUUCCAUGGCUCCAGCCUGUGCGGGACACCUGGGCACAUCCCAGUGGCAUGCAAGGCACAUGGGCAAUGGGGGGUUCUAUUUAAUGUCUGCUUGGUUUUUACACAAUAAAAAAUUUGCUUAUUUGA